AUAUACACAUGAUUUGGUUAAAAUAAAUCAAUGUAUUCAGGUUAUAUUUUAUUGACUAAAACAGUGAAAGUUUGGUGAAUUUUUUUUUAUUCUGCCGAAAUGUUUCCCCCAAAAGAGCCAUAAAAGUUUCCCGCGUUUUUUUGCCAUGCGCAACAUAUGGUACAUAUUUAUGAUGCCCAAUCGCGUUAUUGAUCACGCAUUUCAGCCAAUCAAAAACGUUCAAGUUGAAAAACCAUCCAAAAUGCAGGUUGAAGAGCCAUCCGAAACAUUGCUUGAAAAGCCAUCUAAUACACAUGCUGACACACUUUCUGAUUAUAAGCGAAUAGGGCGAAUUGGGUACAACAUUAAUGAUGCCCUUAGUCGAAAUGUUUACAGGGGACUGAGUGAUGGUCGAAAAGUAGCCAUUAAAAAACACAAUAGCAUGAUAAAAGCUUGUAAAGAAUUAAGAUUACUUCUUCAUUUGUCAGAAGAAGCCCGACCACACCCUAAUAUUAUACGGUAUUUAUGUAUGGAGCCUGAUGAGCAUGAUCCAGAAUUUACAUACCUAGCUCUUGAACUCUGUGAUGGUGACCUAAUGACUGCUGUUAUGGAACAAAUUAGUGGAUUUCAUGAUAUUGUUGAUCCACAUAAUUACUUUUUACAGUUAUCAUCAGGAAUUUGCUUCCUGCACAAAGAAGGUAUUCAGCAUCGUGAUAUUAAGCCUCAAAAUAUUCUUUGGAAAAGAACAGUCGAUGGUAUCGCACUUGUUAUUUUUGACUUUGACAUGGGUCAUUUUUGCAAGGAAAAAUCAUCACAUCAAAUGUAUGGUACAAUAGGAUGGAGUGCUCCAGAACUGUAUCUUUUAAAGGAAACACGUUCAAAUGCUGUGGAUAUAUUUUCCCUUGGUUGUGUGUUUUAUUUUAUUUUGACAAGGGGACAUCCUUUUGGAGAAAUUUCUGUUCCAGCAGAAUGUCAGCAGAAUAUCAUUUCUCCAGAGUACAAAGUUUCUUUAGAUGCUCUAUAUGAACAUUUCAAUCACAGUAUGCAUUUAACUGCAAUGGCUGAAGAUCUCAUACAUAGAAUGAUAUGUUCAAAUGCCUCUGACCGGAUUGAAGGUUAUAAAAUCAUGAAGCAUCCUUUUCUUUUAAAGAAAGAGGAAAUGGCAAAUUUUCUAACUAAGAUUGGUGAUUACGUGGAUGAGCUGGACGAUCCAAAAGUUACAGAUUUUAAAGACAAGUUGAAAGAAAAUUCCGACAUUGUUUUUGAAGGAAAAUGGCUUGACAAACUAGACAAAUAUGCCAAAAGCGACCUGUCGGGAUUUAGCAAACCUGGUAAGGCCGACAAUAUCUGUUUUCUUCUUAGGGCAGUUCGAAAUAAAAUUGUACAUUUUCGCAAGCUCAGAAAGAUGGAGCUACGUGACACAUACUUGAAGAGUGAAUUUGGUGUUAUAGAAUAUUAUACAAAACUUUUUCCAAAACUUGUUACCUACACAUAUGACGUUCUUGAGAGGAGCGAGAUCGAAAAUUUUGCUUUCUGAUGUAGAAAAUAAUGCCAAGCGAAAUCCAGCAUUAUUGAGGGCCAAGUGUAGGAGGGGGAUAAUGUCUUAAAUCUACCAGAUAAAAACAUGUUGAUACAUAUGUCAGGUAAUUAAUACAUAUCCUUACGAUCAUAGUAUAGUAAGCGUAUGUUAAAAAGGCUAUCAUUUAACUCUCUAUAUUAAUGCUUUGCAUAUUUUAGACUUUCAACAAUUAGCAUCCACUUUUGAAUAGAUUGGGAAUUCACAUUCCAGCAAAUGAGAACAGAUAUAUAUCUCAUGGACAAUAGUUGAUUUAAUUGCGAUCAUUACUCGUGUCUUAACUAUGUGAUUUAAUUGCGGUCAUUACUGGUGCCCAGGCCUUUGGCCGCACGCAC